AUGACCGACAAUCAGUAUAAUGCCAUUGAAGACUAUGGGUUGAUUGGGGACAUGCACACUUGUGCCCUAGUGAGCAAGGCUGGCAGUCUUGAUUAUAUGUGCUGGCCUGUCUUUGAUUCACCCACAGUCUUUUGCCGUCUCCUGGAUGACAAAAAAGGAGGGUUCUGGUCUAUCUUGCCAAACAAAACGGUGGUCGAUGCCCACAACAAGCAGCGAUAUUUGCCAUACUCGAAUAUGUUGGAGACUCGAUGGACUAACGAGGAUGGAGUCGUAACGAUGCUAGAUUACUUUCCUGUCACCCCCAAGAAGAGUGCCCAGGCAGGCCGCCUGCUAUCUGGAUAUUGUCCUUGCAAUGAUCCUGGUGCCAAUCGUUUCAAGUCUGGCCUACAACACUCUGGUGUGAUCAGAAAGCUGGAGUGCAGUCGUGGGUCGAUGGAAUUGCAGAUCGAACUGUUCCCAGCUUUCAAUUAUGCUCGGGAUUCGCACAACGCUCGAGCCAAGCUGGAGGAUGAUAUGUGCAAACAUAGACUGCAGACCAUUCAUUUCGAAAGUCCAACAGAGCGGUUGCAGCUAGAGAUCUUUGCGGACUCGCGAGAGCCUGAUAAGCUUGGAUACCCCAAGGCAAAAUUCACAUUAGAAGAGCGACAAGGCUUGCAAGGCCGAGGGCUAGUGGCUUGGGUUCGAAUCUCCGAGGGACAGACUCUUCAUUUUAUUCUGCACAGCCCCGAGAAAGCGGUGCCCAGUUCCGCCACCAUUGCAGCAUACUUGGCCAAGAUGGAAGAAGAGACCUCUGACUACUGGACCGAUUGGACUCGGAAGUGUGCCUUCCGCGGUCACUACCGAGAGACUGUGGAGCGGAGUCUGUUGAUUCUCAAGUUGCUCACUUACAAGCCCACCGGUGCCAUUGUUGCUGCUCCUACUUUUUCACUCCCAGAAAAUGUGGGCGGUACACGUAACUGGGACUACCGCUACUCGUGGGUGCGAGACACGGCCUUUACGCUGUACGUCUUCCUCAAGAUGGGCUACAGCCGGGAGGCAGAAGCCUACGUGAACUUCAUCUUCGACCGGAUUUUCCCGCAUGCUGCCCAGGACGUCGAGCCAGGAAGCAACAGGCCCUUCCUCCCUCUCAUGUUUACUAUCCGAGGCGAAUACGACAUUCCUGAGGUCGAGUUGGAGCAUCUUGAUGGCUACAAGGGGAGCAAGCCGGUCCGCAUUGGUAACGCGGCUGUUUUCCACACUCAGUUGGAUAUCUACGGGGAGCUUCUUGACAGCAUCUACCUGUACAACAAACAUGGAAACCCCAUCACCUAUGACCAAUGGUCUUCAAUUCGCCGGAUGGUGAAUUACGUGAUGGGUGUCCGGGGCCAGAAAGACAUGUCGAUUUGGGAGUCCCGUGGUCAGAUCCAGAAUUUCAUUUACUCCAAAGUCAUGCUUUGGGUGGCGCUAGACCGUGGUAUUCGGCUUGCAGAAAAACGAUCUAGUCUCCCAUGCCCGGACCGGUUCAAAUGGAUCCAGGUGCGCGACGAAUUGUACGACGAGAUCAUGACACGAGGCUUUAAUACCGAACGCCAGCAUUUCUGUCAGAGUUACGAGAGCCCGGAAGUUCUUGACGCAUCAAUCUUGAUUGCGCCUUUGGUAUUUUUUGUGGCACCUAACGAUCCACGAUUCAUCAACACACUGAAAAGAAUCUUGCAAAGCCCCGAGAAAGAGGGUCUUUCUAGUGCCAAGAUGGUGUUCCGAUAUGACCAUCUAAAAGCGAAUGACGGCAUGGCUGGAGGCGAAGGUGCCUUUAUUAUGGUUACCUUCUGGCUGGUCGAGGCAAUGGCUCGUGCAGCCAAGUAUGAUGUCCCCAUUCCGAAUAUUUGGAAACUGGCACUCUCCCACUUUGACAAUAUUUUGUCGUACUCAAACCACCUGGGAAUGUUUUCUGAAGAAGUGGCGAUUUCAGGUGAACAAAUGGGAAAUACUCCACAGGCUUUUAGUCACUUGGCAUGUAUCAGUGCAGCCCUCAAUUUGGAGAAAUUGGGUCGCUCCGAUACGGUGUUAUCCUCUGACGAAGAGGACUUCGUUUCUAGCCAAAGUACUGCAUCGGCGGAGCCAGGAACCUUGGUUAAGCAGCAGCUUUCUUCGUCAUUUGGGAGGUUUAAUCUCGAAGUUAACUCAAGUGAGAGCUCUGAGCAGAGUAUCACUCAGACUCGGAUAUCCACGCCUGGCACUGCGGCUUCCAUUCUGUCUGGCUUGAGCUCAGAGUCAAUGAAGAGGCCCUUGAGGCUUCUAGAAUUGCCUCUAGAUGUAUUGAAGGACAUUAUCAAAGAGGUGACGCACACCAAUGACCUUACCUCUCUAGCGCUGACAUGCUCUACCAUGCAUGCCCUGACAAUUCCCCAUAUGUACUCCCGCUUCGACAUUGUGUGGCCGGAAUCCUUGAACCCAUCGAGCGAAGACUAUUCGGGAGUGGAUGCAUUGUCAUAUGGACUGUCAACCCUGGUCAUGGGAGAGGAUGUUUUUCAUCAUGCACCAUCGAUGAAUCUUCAGGGACUGAGGAAAGGAUGUGAACACUGUGGAUGCCAUAAUAACAGCCAUCACGCGACACCUCUGGGGACCAGUCUCAACCGGCGAGGCAACCACUAUGCGCAGUACACCCGCACUUUUUCGAUCGGAAAUGGGCCCUUAAGCUGGGUACAGGAAUACUCGGUGAAUAGAGAGGUUGGCAAGAUGCUGGGAACACUGGUGGCACUAGCGGUGGCGCGGAUGGUCAACCUUGAAGCAUUCAUAUGGGAUAUGCCAACAGGGGUAGUGCGCGAGAUUUGGCUUGCACUUGCUUCACUUGCGGAGAGGCCCGAUGAUCAAUGUCGCCUGGAGCGCAUUUGGGUCCGUUGGCACGAUAACUCCGACAACAUCCUACGAAUCCCCACAUCAGCUUUAACAUCUGGGAGCCGACUACUCCAAAAGUAUAAGCAUGUGGAGCAUCCCUCGCUCUCUGUCCUGCCACCGCUGAGGAGCAUUGCAGUUCUUGACAUCGAUGAGCCAGCAUAUGUUGAAGAGCUAGCCGUUUUGAUCGAAAGGUCCCGUCGUCGCUUGGUCGAGCUACGGAUUGGGAUUGCACGAAAGGCAUACGCAGCCGACUGGUUGGCUUGUGCUAAGGACCCUGAAACCCCAGCCGACGGUAGCUCGUCUUGGCCCAGAAUUGGAGGUGUACUCAGUAUACUGUCAAAGCGGGAACCGCAGUCUCAGCGGAAUGAUUCUUUGUCGUUAUCCUCAGCCUCCGACUUGAUGCAAGCCGAGGAGUCCCCUGGAAGAAGCGUUAAGGGCGGGGACCUGGUUACCAGACAGGGCUCAAAAUCAUCCCUCGAUAGCACCCAGCAACCCUUAAAGGAAGGUGUUUUGGCAAAAACACCCCCGCCAAAUGCGCCCCCUUUCAAGGCAAGCAGUUAUUUCUACAAUCAGACCAACUCGGACAAAUUGAACCUUGAAGUUCUAGAAUUAGAGCGAGUUCCUCUCUCCAUUGCAGAUCUCCUGCCGUCAAUUGAAUGGACCCGCCUCACCACUCUCACACUAAUGGGAUGCGAUGAACACGAGAACCUGUGGAGAGCCCUUCGACGAAAGUACGCACCCCCUCCAAUGCCACAGAAAAAAGCGCAAAAAGGAGAGCGCCGUCGAUCCAGCCUGAGCGUGCAAGAUUAUUCUUUGAAAAUUAAGCACCUGCGCACAAAUAACGUCACUCCAUACCUGAUGCUCUUCAUAAAAGAUGCCCUGGCUCCGAAUACACUAGAGAGCGUAUUCUUGCAUGAGACCUCGGACUCGGACUCAAACGUGAAUAUCGAGGCCAUUUAUCGACAUAUCAUUCGAAAGCACCGAUUGAGUCUUCGGAAGAUUCUUGUUGAUGCUUCUGACCGAGUUCCAACUGCAGAUACUCUCAACACGCGGUGGCAUAAAUGGAUGUUCAACCAUGAGAUGGUCUCUUUCGUUACAAGUGGACGAAUGCCACAGCUGAAGGAAUUGGGAAUGGCAUUGCAUUAUCGAGACUGGCAUUAUUUCCUGCAAAGACUUCCCAAGAUGCCACAACUCCGUGCAUUGUAUUUGCCUCACGUGAGCCAUUAUGUGCACCGCGACUGGAAAGAACUGGCGUUACAAGUUCUUGACAUUGUCAGCAUUCGCCCGGACCUCAAAAUCUCCUAUAUUGGUUUGCACACGAAAUGCUACCAAAUACUUGAGCGGUCUGGUUCCGCGAAUGACCCCGAUGUCGAUGAGUCUCAAUUUACGAACUCUCCCUCUCAUCCUGGUGAUGAUGGUCUUUCUGCUUUUGAUGAUGAACCAAUGGAUACCACUGAUGACGAACAUGAUUCUGCAGAGGUAGCUCAUGAUCCAUUAUUUAGCUACUCCGAGGACUCCGAUGACACGGACAGCGGGCUUGAGGACAAAGAUGGUCCUCAAGUGCACUUUCGACUGCUAGAAAUCCUAUUUUACGACGACAAGAUAUCCAUUUUUAAGGCGCGUCAUGGCGUGAUUUGA